AUGUCUGGAAAGCUUCCACAGAAAAAGUAUUUUCGACAACGCGCCCAUUCGAACCCCUUCUCGGAUCAUUUUCUCAAAUAUCCUAGAAGUCCGGCUUUUAUGGAUUGGUCCUCUCAUUACCCAGCGUUUUUCGCCCCCCGAAAGGAUAACCAAUCGCCGUCACAGCCACAGAAAAAAAUUGAGUUUGCUGAUCUCGGCUGUGGAUAUGGCGGUCUGCUUGUUGCAUUAUCCACGCUAUUUCCACAAACCCUGAUGUUAGGUAUGGAAAUUCGGGUAAAAGUUGAGGAAUAUGUACGCGAACGAAUAGACGCGCUUAGGCUUCAACAUCCGGGUCAAUAUCAAAACAUUUCCAUUAUAAGGAUGAAUGCGAUGAAAUUUCUUCCAAAUUUCUUUGAAAAAGGUCAGCUGUCGAAAAUGUUUUUCCUGUUUCCAGAUCCACAUUUUAAGAUGAGAAAACACAAGGCUAGAAUAAUUACUACGCAGCUAUUGGCAGAAUACGCAUACGUUUUACGCGUUGGUGGUAUAAUAUACACUAUCACUGAUGUGGAGGAUUUGCACGCGUGGAUG